CGAGCCUCUUCUGGUCUGCGGACUUUUGCCCUGCGCUCGAUUCACCCGCAGGGUCUCCAUGGUGAAGUGGGCAGGAUCUGAUGUCAGCCCCUCCUCUCAUCGACCUUCCCGCCAUGCCCACCAUGGUUUCAAGGUUGCCCAAGUUCGGCUCGCGAGCCACCUCCGGCACACACACCGGCAGCACUCAGGUGUCCUCGGCUGGUUCUGUUCACACCAGUGCUGUGACUGGCAGUGCCACCGCUGGUGCCCAGCCCAUGAACGGAUCCUGCCACCAUCCAGCUGAAGCCCUUUCCUCGGCCAAGCAGAAUGGUUUGAUCCACAUGCCGCCUUCAUUUUCAAUGAAGUGGAGAAAUGGAAAAGGAGAGAUGCAGAAAAGAGGAGGUGAUGUGGAGAAAGAGAGCAGGGAGAGGAAAGGUGUUAGUGUGGGGCCAAAUCGUAGUAGCAGUCAUCUCCAACAUCAUCUGUCAACGCAGCGGGCAUCGCCUCAGCGGUCACCAUCAGCAACCCAACGCGAGAUCAAGAAGCCGAGCAUGUCCUACGCUGGAAGGGGGCGUGGUUUUGGCCUGGCUGUGACAAGGUCUUUAUUGCCGUCACCCCAGUCAAGCCCAAAAACUUUUGCCACAUCUAAAAUUGGACAGCGUAGCACUAAACCAGAACUGAACCCACCAGACCUGACAAAUGAGACAAAACAGAGCAUGAAUGGCCAUGCCAGUACCAGACAACGCGCUAAUGGGGCUAACAGUUCUCUCAGACUACCUCUGAGUUUGUCUCGGCCAGAUGGGCGGGUCAGUUCCCACCCUGCUUCUCGAUCAGGUUCUCCGCUCCUCAUUGACCAGCCGGCCUUCCGCUCCCAGUCCAGCGACAGCCUCAGGUCUACAAGCCCCGCUAGCUCAUCCGUCAGUCUGUCCAAAGAGGACAGGCUUCGCUCUCGAAGCCUCACCCAGGUCAGGAGGCUUCCCUCCCCUACACUCACCCCACCUUACAGCUCCUCAUCCCUCCCCUCCUCGCUUCCUCGCUCUCCCACCAUCACCCGAUCCUAUUCCCUCAAUAGGGCCGCCGAACGGGGAUCCAAAGAGCUGGCCUCGUCCGCCACCCGGGCGCUGCCCAGAGCUGCUCUAGCUAGGUCGCCCCUCACCAAACCCACUCCAGGGGGAGAAGGUGUUGAUGUAGGAGCAACAGGUGAAAGUGAGGGCUUCGACUGUGCCAAAGUUCAAAGUUCAGCGGCUCCAGUCAGGUCUGAGGUCACUGCUCCCUCCCUCCUCCCCCCUUCCGCCUUUAAGAAGCCCCUCCUACCCAGCUUUGGAUCCACCUCCAAACCAAGUGCCCUCAGCUACAAGCUUACACGCCCGUCACUCAUUAAGCAGCCCACCCUGCUUUGCCCGGCUCCAGGAAAUGCAUCAGAAAAUGACCAGGAAGUGAGCCAAGAACUUACAGGAAGAAGAAACUCUGUAGAGACGCCUCCAGUCACCCCCUCCACUACAGAUGAGAGCCCAGGCAGCACCCCCGGGGCUCCAGGGAUGGAGGGGCUGUCGGUGGAACCGGCAUCUCAUGGAGAUGUGUCCAUCUUGGGUGAGACACUGGAGGACAUGUCUCUGUCGUCCACUUCUUCUCUGGAGCGGAACAACACCAGUCAGGAGUAUAUGGAUGACUUUGAUAACUUCGGAAAUGGAGGGAUGGGGAUUCUUCUGUUCUCAUCCAAUGAUGAUCACGAGGACUUGCAUGACCUGUCCCACACCAGGUCCGAGGGCAGCAAACCUCUGGCGAACGGUUCCAGCGGCGCAACAGAACUGCAUAGUUUUCUGACGGACGGGAUGGACUGGGCCGACAUGCGACUUGGCGGUGAAGAAGGGGAGUGCCCUCUGACCAGGCAGAGGAGGUCCAGUCAGCCGGACUACCAGGGGGGUUCGUCGCUGGACCUGUCCCCCUCAGACAGCUGUGGCUCCGGGGGAACGUACAUGUGGGAUGAGGAGGGGCUGCAGCCACUAGGGGGCGGCACUGCCACCAACACCAGCAGCACAGCCAACACCGCCAACACCCACAAUAUAGGCAGUUACGACUCUGACCUCAACAGCAUUGACAUUUUAAACAACUUGGAGUCAUGUGAUCUGGAUGAUGACGACCUCAUGCUUGACGACGACCUCCCUGAGGAUGCCUCACUGCACAGCGAUGGAGAUGGAAUUACCCAUAUGGCCGAGUGGAGGAGGAGACAGCUAUGUUGGGGCACACAGGAUGUACUCAAUGACAAUAGUGGUCUCCAGUGUUACCAGCUGACGGAGGACCCUGGGAACCAGAGGACAGAGACGGCCCACAACAGAGACCUCCUCCUCCAGGGUUUGUCCCAUGCUAGGUCUCCCUGCCUGUCUCCUGGCACCGGCCUGGCUUUCGAUCUGGGUGUGGACGUGGAGGAGUUGGCGGAGGACUGCUCCGUGGUCAUGGCACAGCUGGAAAACCUGAAGAGACUCCUCCUACAGGAGGAGGAUGGCGAUGAGGAGCUUGAUGAUACUCUGACCACAGAAACACUGAGUCCCAACGGCCCUGACGCCUCCUGCAGCUCACACGAACGCACACUCCACAAACAGGUGGAAGAACUCUUGAAGGAGGUGCAGCAUCUUAGAGAGGAGGUGAGGAACAGGGAUCGGACCAUCAGCCAGCUCACUCAGCAACUGGUCUUGUGUGUUGAGCUUGUUCCUUUGAUGCCCACCCAGUGUUGUUGCCAGGAGACAGAGAUGGAGAGAAGGGUGGACAGACACACACAGACGAGUGUGAGAGAGAUGGAGGACCUGGCUGUGAACCACAAGGCCUCACAAACACCUUGGACACAACAUACUCCUCAGAUUAUACACUCCACCCACAAAGCAGGCCAGGACAGACUGACCCACUCCAAGCUACUAGCCUCAUCCCGGGCCCUAGCUGCAUCUCUUCCAGCUAAGGAACCUAGUCACCCUGCUAACUCGCCUGCAAGACCCUCGGAGCUCACCACCGCUGUCGCCUGCACUGCUGCUGACCAAACUCCAGGCCCUCCCGAGGCUGAAGGGCAAGGACAGAAGGAUGGCAACGGGGAGGAAACGGAGAUGGGGGACAGCACGGUUAAUGGAGGACACGCAAAAGACAAAAGAGGGGAGACGAAGCGGAGCAAAGGGGAAGGGAUGUCAGGAGAUGCGACGGAGAGCUCUGGAGCCCGCAACAGAUCCCCUCAACUCUCCCAGCCCUCCAAACUCCGCUGCCUCCCCCUUCCCACCCCCAGAAUGGCCCCCAACUUUGGCUUUGUCCAUCCGAACGUCACCGCGCUCUCCCUGGGCGUGUCCGCUGCCACCACCACAAACCCCCUCACUACCUCCCUCAACCCCUCGAGGACCAGAGUGCUUCGGCCGCCCUCAGCGCUUCGGGACCCAGACAGCGGUGCUCCUCCCAGCAUUAAAUUCAGACCUCUUGCCCCAGCUUCAGGUUCAUCGCGCCUCCCCAAGCCAAAAAGCCAUUGA